UUUACCUGUUUACUUGAUUCACACCUGAAUGACUUUUACCUGUACACUCAACACUAAAAAUAGCUGGGCAUAAAAGUGUUAGUUUAAUAUGAGUUCACAACUCAGUUCUGAACUGGAGCCAAACAUACAUACUGUAUCAUGUACUUACUUGUAUCAUAGGUCUAGACUAACAAAAGCCUCGAAUGAUGGCAAGAGCAAGAACUAGAAGAUAUAUUUCAGUAGGAUGUACCAUCCUGUUGCUUUACCUUAUAUACCUUAACAUUUCAAAGUUGGCAUCCAUGGAUAAAACAAAAGUUGAAGUCAAGCGUAAUGGGAACAUUUUACAAGUGGUAGAAACUGAGGCAGACAGAAAUCACGACACCAAAAAAGGACACUUCAUCGAAGUAGAUGGUAACAACAUCGAAGCAGGCAAACGCUACAAAUACAGGUUUCAAAUGAUGUCUUUGAUUCUUGGUAACAACCAAUUACAUUAUAAAAGUGAGCCAAUGGAAUCAUCACUAUUGCAUGAAUUCUCCCCGGACAUUGAAAACCGAGUCGAAAACCUGUUUAUCGAUGGAAAUGGAACUAACCAUCAACUUGAGUUCUAUGUUAUAAGUCCAGCUAUAUUGCCAUAUAAAGGCAAUAUUAUGGUUGUGGCGAGAGUCUGGUUGAACUAUGAACGUCGUUAUAAAUUGGAUAAGGCAGAUCAGAUAAAUCGAUGGAUUGAUAAUUAUCUGUUUUCGCAAAUGUUUGAUGGUAAUAUGAAACCUACAUCUCCAGGUGAAAUACUUGGUAUCCCUGUACCAGUUCAAUAUGUGGCAAAUGCUGGCUGCUCUGACCCAAAAAUUUUCAACUGGAUGGGAUCACUCAUGGUUCUCUUUUACAUGACAAUGAGAGACAAUAAGGGUCUAAAUAUCGGACAUCUAUUUUUAUUGGAUUAUGAUCGUAAGAUUUUGAAGAAACCAAAAAUUUUGGAUCACAAUAUUGCUCAGAUUGAUUCAAAUUGGGUGCCCCUGGUGGUUGACGAUACACUUCAUUUUGUUUACACGAUGGAUCCACUGAGAGUUCUCAAAUGUACGAAAGAACAAAACAUGGAUAUAACUUGCCACUUCAUCAAGUCUAUCGAUACAACGCUAGAAAAAUAUCCAUUCAAUCAAAAUACAGAUUUUCUGCAUGGUGGUUCAUCUUUCUUGCCCUAUAAGAAGUCGUAUUACAUCAAUGUGGCCCUAUCGACAUUAUCAUACAAGGAUAACCAAAAUUCCACUAGCCCCCUCUAUGGUGCGCACAUUGUACUACUCAAAGCUUACCCAUUCAGAAUCGUUUAUGUGAGCGAGCGUUUGAGAAUCCACCCGGACCUCUACAACAACAUUCCAAUCGUUCGAAAUAACUUCAUUCGCUACCCUUUCUUCCAUCCUUUCGGCCUUAUCGUAGAAAACAGUGACACAAUCGAUAUUGGGAUCCAUAUAAAUGAUUACCGAUCAUUUAUAGUUCGUGUUACGGGAAUUGAGACUGUCUUAGAUGAUGCAAUAGCAACAGACAGUAGAAGUGGGGACUCGAUAGUAACAUCCCAGCCAAGGAAUAUACAGGAAUUUGUGAAACUUUCUCUUCAGAAAUCCCAUCUUAAACAAAAAUGGAAAAUUCAGAAUGAAAAUGGAAAGGAAAUUGUUUCUUAAGAAGCAAUCAGCUGUUAUUAUUACAUUAUGUGAACUGCAAAUAUUAAAAUGAUACUAUCUAUUUGAACUGUAUAAACUAUUGCAUGAACUGGUAUCAAAUGUACUCCUACUAUAGCAUGAACAGGUUACUGGUAUCAAUGUCAGGCCAAUAGACAGGGGGGGCCAAAAAUUCUCUCAAAAUCAUGCAGUUUUUCACCAUUCUGAGCACUUUUUGAGUGAUUUUGGCCAUUUUUGGGCAAAAUUUGUCAAAUGUGAACCACUUUGGAAUUUUUCAAAAAGUGAACUCCUUUGGCAGAUCAUGGCUACGAGCCUGAAUGUUCUUAUUAUAAAACUUCAUACAUAUUGUUUCAAAAAUGAUCAAGUGGUAGACUGGUAUGUUUAAAAGAUAGAAACUGGAGGAUUAAAUACUGUAGUAAUAAUAAAGUUCUGAGAAAAGUAAACUCUAGUUUGUUUUAGAUACAUUAAAACAUCCUGGAAAAUUUGAACUCAAUCUUUAUGACAUACAUUCUAAACCUCAGCUUCUCUUCUCUUCUCAUGGUUAAGAGACUGAAAAAAUCAUCCAGCUAUUGAGGAAGUAUUUGGCAAUUUGUCAUAAUCAUUAAUCAUAGAAGCCUUUGUUAUGAUUCUAAUAAAAAGUACAUGUAUGCCAUAAAUCAUCAUACAUUUGCUGGUCUAUACUUACCACACAUGCCCCAUUAGACCAUUAUAGACCAAUAAAUCAAUAUUAUUCAUGUGAUGUAACAUUUAUGAGAAUUUAUGAUGAUUUCGCAAUAUAAAAUAUAGAAUCUUAAUGCACAAUAUUUUACCUUGAGUUGUCGAUGUUUGAUGGAAAGUCACCAAGUUGUCGCAUUUCUGCCGCAAUCUCUCUUCUAGCUGGGGAAUCAGUUUCUGCUGUAUACCCUUCAUAUUCUGAAUGACACAAAAACAGCAUUCAUUUUAAAAUUUUUACAGCAAUAACAUUAUUCUAAAUACAUGUAACUGGCAUCCUCCUAAGCAGGUGUCUAGAAUCCGUACCUCCUUCCUUCCCCCUGCUAAAACCAAUUUGGAAGUGCCCG